CCGCCGGCGCUGCAGCUAUGGACCGUGAGCUGGCCCGGCCGGCGUCCUCGCUGACCCUGCCCGCCGGCGGCCGCGCGCACCAUGGCCUUGUCGGUGUACAUCACGGUGGAGCUGGCCAUCGCUGUGCUGGCCAUCCUGGGCAACGUGCUGGUGUGCUGGGCCGUGUGGCUCAACAGCAACCUGCAGAACGUCACCAACUACUUCGUGGUGUCGCUGGCGGCGGCCGACAUCGCCGUGGGGGUCCUGGCCAUCCCCUUCGCCAUCACCAUCAGCACGGGCUUCUGCGCCGCCUGCCACGGCUGCCUGUUCAUCGCCUGCUUCGUGCUGGUGCUCACGCAGAGCUCGAUCUUCAGCCUCCUGGCCAUCGCCAUUGACCGCUACAUCGCCAUCCGCAUCCCCCUCCGGUACAACGGCCUGGUGACGGGCACCAAGGCCAAGGGCAUCAUCGCCGUGUGCUGGGUGCUGUCGUUCGCCAUCGGCCUGACCCCCAUGCUGGGCUGGAACAACUGCAGCCAGCCGGCGAAGGCGGGCAACGGCACACAGGAGUGCGGGGCGGCCCAGGUGGCCUGCCUCUUCGAGGACGUGGUGCCCAUGAACUACAUGGUCUACUACAACUUCUUCGCGUGCGUGCUGCUGCCGCUGCUGCUCAUGCUGGGCAUCUACCUGCGCAUCUUCCUGGCCGCCCGGCGGCAGCUCAAGCAGAUGGAGAGCCAGCCCCUGCCCGGGGAGCGGACGCGGUCCACGCUGCAGAAGGAGGUGCACGCGGCCAAGUCCCUGGCCAUCAUCGUGGGGCUCUUCGCCCUCUGCUGGCUGCCCCUGCACGUCAUCAACUGCUUCACCUUCUUCUGCCCCCAGUGCAACCACGCGCCGCCCUGGCUCAUGUACCUGGCCAUCGUGCUCUCCCACACCAACUCCGUGGUGAACCCCUUCAUCUACGCCUACCGCAUCCGCGAGUUCCGCCAGACUUUCCGCAAGAUCAUCCACAGCCACGUACUGCGGCAGCAGGAGCCCUUCAAGGCGGGCGGCGCCAGCGGCCGGGCGCUGCCGGCCCACGCGCACGGGCAUGGGGACGGGGAGCAGAUCAGCCUGCGCCUCAACGGGCACCCGCCAGGCGUGUGGGCCAACGGCAGUGCCCCCCACCCCGAGCCCAGGCCCAACGGCUAUGCCCGGGGGCUGGCAGGCGGUGGCAGGAGCGGGAGUGCACCCCCCGGGGACACGGGGCUCCCCCACGUGGAACUGCUCAGCCAGGAGCUCCAGGAAACUGGACUGGAGAGCCCCGGGGUCCCGGAGGGAGCCGGGGUUUCCUGA